UUAAUCAUCUAUUGUUUUUAUAAAGAUAAGGUGGGCCUGGGCGUUCUGUUGCCUCUAUUUUACUCUCAAAACAGCUUGUUAAACCGGUUCUUAAUUUGGGUUGGAGCAGGGAGUCGGAAUGGUACCGCUCUACACUUGUUGCCCGUUUCCUUCAUCUAAAGCCCUUCAAAUCUCCCCUUCUUUCCUCCUGCUCUCCUCUCGAAACCCUAAAUUUCUUCCCUUCACGAUCUCAAGAAUCCUUAGGGCCACCUCCAUUUCCACUUCUGCCGCCAAACAUGAAGAACCGACUAGAACCAGCUAUGCCGGCGUUCAACUUGAAGAAACCGUGGAUGAGACCAAGCAAGGCAAGCUUCGGCUCGAUUCCUGGAUCUCCUCUCGAAUUCAAGGCAUCAGCAGAGCUCGUGUGCAGUCCAGUAUAAAAUCAGGCCUUGUAAAGGUCAAUGGCCGCGUCGUCGACAAGGUCUCGCAUAGCCUGAGAGCUGGAGAUAAGGUUAACUGUGUAAUUUCCGAUCUGCAACCAUUGAAAGCCGAACCUGAAGAUAUUCCAUUGGAUAUAGUUUUCGAGGACGACCAUGUUCUUGUCGUUAAUAAACCUUCCCACAUGGUUGUUCAUCCAGCACCUGGAAAUGCUAAUGGGACAUUAGUAAAUGGAAUUCUCCACCAUUGUAGUUUACCCACAGUGGCAUCGUCUGAAAAGGAAGUCCUUUUUGACACAGAGGAUAUGUCUGAUGAUGAACAAGAUAUUUUCCAUGGCGCCAGUGCAGGAGCAGCUUCUGUUCGGCCAGGGAUUGUACAUAGAUUGGAUAAAGGCACCAGUGGAUUGCUUGUUGUUGCAAAGGAUGAACAUUCCCAUGCCCAUUUGUCGGAACAGUUUAAGCAACACACUAUCCAGAGGGUCUACAUUAGUCUUACUUGUGGAGUGCCUUCAGCUUCUGCUGGGCGUGUGGACAUUCCCAUUGGCCGUGAUUCAAAUAACCGCAUUCGGAUGGCUGCUGUACCAGGGUUAAGUCAUCAUGGUCGGGCUCGUCAUGCUGCUAGUAGAUAUAAAGUAAUUGAAGUGCUCGCUGGUGGUGGUUCCGCACUGGUUCAAUGGAGACUGGAAACCGGGCGUACUCAUCAGAUUCGUGCACAUGCAAAGUACAUGGGAAUUCCUUUGUUGGGUGAUGAGGUGUAUGGCGGGACAAAGAACAUGGCCUUGUCACUGCUUCGUCCUAGGACCCCCCCUUACUAUAAUGAUGAACUUUCACGGCUGGUUUCUAGAUUGGAGAGGCCAUACCUUCAUGCUUUAGUCCUUGGUUUUGAACAUCCCCACUCAGGCGAGAAGAUGCGGUUUUCAUGCCCACCCCCUCCAGAUUUUGGUGAAAUAUUGAAUCAUCUUCGUAAAAUUGGCAUAGAGAAGCCUAUUUCUAAGGAAUAAUCAGAUUUAUUUGCGGCAUACAAAUACUACUCAUCUAUGGGCAGACUCAGAUCAAGGGGGGCUCUUCCAAUUAAAAAGAAGAAAUCGACACUUGCCUUAUCAUCCAUCACCAAGAACAUUAAGGCUACAACUUUCUUUUUUGGUUUCAUCCUUUCCCAUGAGCCGAAUUCCAAGGGCAAUUGCAUUUGUUGAAUUUUGAAAGGCUAAAGUCAUUACCUGUAAUUUAUCAAAUUUAUCUGAAAAUAGGUAAAAUUUAGUUUAUCCGUCUUGUCUGUGUUAUGAGUUAUGAACCACAUUUUAAGUGUUAAACAUGGGAUGAAAAUAUGAAAUAGCAGGGCACUUAAUAUUUCUGAGUAA